GCGAUGUGCUAGUGGCGCGCGACUGCUUUCAACUUCAAGUUCUAGUCGUGCGUUCUUCUGAGGGUAAGUUUAGACACGCUUUUUUGUGCGAGGAUAUCUCUUGGCCUCCGGCCUUUUCCUGCCCAAGUUAUGAUGAAGAAUUGAAAAGCACAACGACAUCGUGGUAAGUAUUCAAACGCGAAACAGAAAAUGUGUUCCUUUCUACUCACUUCCUGGGUUCUGCAGAACCUGCCCUGGCUGAACUAUUUUAUGCAGCUUCGCGGGCCCGACGCCACGACGCACACCCGGCGGCAGGGCUUCACCUUCGUGCACAACCUUCUGCAUAUGACGGGCGACCGGGUGCUGCAGCCGCUCAGCUACCGUGGCGGGGAGGUGCAGAUACUGUUCAACGUAUCCUGUGCAAAAGUAUCGGAUUCGUACGAGAUGCAAUCUUCCAUGACAGAUCUAAGCUCUACAGUACCUGUGACUUUGCGUUCGUUAAUAGAUUCUUGCGCUUUAUUUCAUCUAGCACUUCUUCUUCUCGAAAAAAUUUGGCAUGCAAUUGCUACUAGCACGAUGCUCUCGCAAUGCAUACACCGGGGAAAUCUACAACUACCGAGAAGUGGAAGACCGGUAUCGGUGCAGGAGAUCAAGAAGCACGGCAGCUGGGGCCGCGAGACGAGGAGAGCAAACGUCCUCCUCAGCUGCAGAGAGCGACGCGCAAAGCCUCCCGAAUGAUCCAAAUUUUCCUUUGUUCUCGGACUCCGAAACAGACUUUGCGGAACAAGGCUGGUCAUCUGCAACCCCACCGACUUCCGCGGCUGCAUUCCCUGCAUCUUCCAGCGCCGCAACUGCGCAACAUCCAAACCACCGGCUUGAGCACUUGUGCGCACUCGACGCCGACCACCUACUCCCUGAGGAGGCGGCUGCCGAAGAAUUGGAAAGAACGACAGCGCGAGGAGCACCAGGGUCUUCGUCGAGGAAAACGUUUCAAAACGAGCAAGCCUUCGCUUCUACAUCAAAAAGCACACCGAAGAAUCUGUUCGCGUCGGACGGGCAAGCCAUCUACCCGACGUACUUGGAGAGGGGCAGAAACUUUGCGCAACUUUUGGACGGGGAGUAUGCGAUCGCGGUCUUGGACCUGCGGAAAAACCGGCUUUUCCUCGCCACAGACGUGUUUGGAACCAAACCCCUGUGGUACAGCACGGACCGGGGGCUGCACGUGGCGACCUACGAGUCUGCGCUGGAGCGCCUCGGGGUCGCGAACCGGGUGCAGGUACCGCCCAACACGAUUCUGGAAAUCGACUUGACCACGAAGUUCGUGAUCUCCCAGUCCACCAACUACGAGUUCGAUUUGCGGCAGUACAAGACCACCACCAAAGACUGGAUCAGUGCCUUCCUUCGAGCGGUCCACCGCCGAAUCCAGUACCAGAGGCACGGCGUGUUUCUCGGGCUCUCAUCCGGGUACGACUUAUCAAAUGCAAAAGUUGUGUCUGGGUCUGGAAAGUUGGAACUUGUGAUGCUAACUUGGGACUCUAAAAAAAAACUGUAUUGCAUGACCAGCAAGAGGAGUCUAGUUUGUGCUACGCGGGGAGGGCAUUUAUCAUGCGGAGUAGGCAUGAGGAAGCCCUCUAAAAAUCUGUGAUGCUAGGUCGUGCGUUACAGACGAGACAUCUUGGGUCAUGCAAAAGAUGCAUGACAAACCCGGCGACAUUCCAGACCCAGACAUUUUUGCAUUUGAUACGACUCGGGCGCGAUCAACUUGGCGCUGCACAAGCUGCAGAAGCUGCACUUCGCCUACACCAUUUUCGCCGGCGAGAAUGUUGACGUCGUGGGACAACGCUUGCAGCAGACGCAACAGACCGCCGAGGGGAACGUAUCCUGAGUAAAAACGUACCCACCCCAGAGUUGUCAUGCAGAUUUGCCAUGACAGGAACAUUUGUGAUGCGCAACCCCAUGACAGGCCUUUUCAAUCGCGUUUGGGAACUUGUAAUGCUGUAAACAGGAUCAGCAAAUCGAUUUGUGAUGCGGCUUUCCUUGCUAACUUGCACUACCUUACGGACUGAAACUUGUCAUGCGUGACUCCCAAAGCUCCUAGGUUUGUGUUGCAAAAUCCCCAAUCACUGAAUGAAAAAGCGAUCAAGGGCCGUAGAAUGUACACAGACAAUACCAAAAAGGGUUUGCGCGUCAUUUUUCAAGCAGUAUACCGCUCGAGUGCCAACAGGGCGAGAGCCCUGCAAGACCGGGCUACGAAAGUAAGAAAUCGGGAAAAAAAUGCCGUAUACCUGCGCAAUUCCUUAUAUGUGAAUAACAUGGCGGGUGGGAGGGGUUCUUCACAUUUUUGGAAACGCCCACCGCCCCGACUAGAAUAAAUGAAUGAUGAAAAAAUUGGGGGCAGGGCAAAAAAAUCCCCAUCUUGACUCUGGUGUGGGUACGUUUUUACUCAGGAUAGAACGUCGUCGUUUUCUCGGAGCAAACUUUAGAGUCCGAAUACGCAUUUCUGUUGAACAACACGGAACCCUUAUGAGUGUGUGCGCACCUUUUUCUACUCCCAUCUCGUUUGUAUAAAUGCAAAACGCCAAGGAAGCCCACGUCACCAGCCCCCCCACUGGUGGUUUCCCUUGUGGCGCUGCGGCCUCGUUGACAAGUUUCAUCAGUGGAACUACCUCAAAGAAGCGGCCGCGCUACUACAGCUGCAAUUGACGACGUGUUGUAGAAGAUUUUUUGUCAUGCGGUAGGCGAAGUGUUCUUGCUGGUGCUUGUUUUAGUUUUGCUGUACAUGCCAACAUGCAAGGUCGUGGAGUUGUCGUUCUCGCACACCCUCUUCAUAACCUUUCGAGUACAAGGCCCGUGACGGGCAGCCGGUUGCUGUCUCGGGCGACUUCGCAUCCUCCGGGCUUUCGUGGAUCUGCCGUGCGUGCAAAAAGCGGGGCAUCCAAAUCUACCUUUCCGGGUCCGGGGCGGACGAGUACAUAUCGGAUUACGGGAAUGUCGGCGAGAAAAUCUACCCGCACAGCAACUUUGGGGGCAAGUUUCCCGACGCCUUGGCCGACAUCUUUCCCUGGCACAGCUUUUUCCUGGGCACGCAGCGGGACUAUUUGAUGAAGGAGGAGCUGAUUGCGGGCACGCACGGGGUCGAGGGCCGGUACCCGUUUCUGGACAAAGAGGUGGUGCAAGAGUACCUGUGGCUGCACCCCAGCGUGAAAAAUUCCAAGUACAAACGGGUUCUGCAAGACUUUUUCGACCAGGAAAAUUACCCCUUUGAAGGCGGGAAAACCGGGUUCAACCCGCACUGGAACAUGAAGCCCGAAGGCGGCGCCGAGGUCCAGCGGGUCUUUGACAAGGAAAGCUUGCGCGAGGAUGUUUUCUACAAAACAGAAAACAAUAAGUUUCAAAGCCACGACGAUGACCAGCAUCAACUACCUGCCGAACAGGUGGGAGUAGAAGCAGGAGGAGGAGAGGGCCACGAAAGAAGGACGGCACCAGCGAGCGCCAAUGGCGACGAAAAUACGGAGAGGCCGGGUCAUGCCGCUGGUACAAGAACGGUCGAAACGAACGAUCCUGGUGCGUCUCUGACGAGGCCGCUGAAGCAGAAGCUGACGGAAAAAGAAGUGUCUUUCGUACUGAGUCCGGACUUUGACGCGAAAACCGAGAACGAAAAGGUGUCGCAGCGGGCGUGCCGCAGCAAAUUCGUCGUGAAUCUCAACAAGUACGCCUGUUGCAAGGGCGCCGGGGCGUUGGCGGAUAGAAGUAGUAGAACAGCAACCACUUCAUCUGGGGAGAAAUCGCCGGGAGACCGAGAUGGAGAAAAAAUCAAUAUCCAUUCGCCCGCCCACAUGCUCCACGGGGUAGAGUUGCACGAACAAACGCAGGUCAUUGCGGGGGAACAAGGUCCAGGUGGAAGUGCAGAUGACCAAGAACAGAGACCACUGGCAGCUGCACCCCAAGAAGACCACUGGUUUCUCGAGCACGAAAACGCGUUUUGCUUUCCGGAUGCGAUGCAUAACGAAAUCCAGCGCAUGGAGGAGGCCCGGGAGGAGCUCGCGUUUUUGUACGAGGAGGUGCACUAUGCAUUUUUGCAAAAGUACUGUACUAGUAGUAAGUUGCAAUUUGCAAAUCAGUGCGCGUGACAAAUGGAAUUUGCCAUGCUGAUAGAUACAGCUUGGGGAGGCGAUAAAAAUUUGUCUUGCGUGAUCGCGAUUAGAAGUACGAGUGCGAAGAUACCUUUGCAAUGCAUAUGCACCGGGUGCAAGGUGAAAUCGAGAAGGAAAAGGAGAAGAUGGAACGCAUGCGGGAGUACCUAAACGAGCAACAGAUUCUGGUCCGCCAGGGCUCCAUGCACUUGGUGCUGAUGCGGCUCUCGCACUUGGAGGCCGUUGCGGACAAAGCGGCGUCGCGGAAAUUUUUGCUCGAGAGCUUCGCAACCGCGGCUAGCAGCGGAAAUGCGAUAGUAGAACAGACAGGUGGAGGACAGGACCAGGACCCCGCGAGCCCUCAAACACAGAAGAGUACAACUAGCAAAGCGCUGCAGAUCGUGACCUGUGUCACCGGGGAGGGCGUUGCCACCGACUUUCCGGUGUACAAAAUUUUCAUGGCGACCAUGAUGCAGCAGGGCGUUGGGGUGGUGAAUGUCUGUGAGAACGUUCAGUGGACCAACAUGGCCGCGCGGCUGGAAAAGUACCGCGAGUAUUUACUGGAGCAGGAAGCAAUCGAGAAACUGCACGAAGUAUCCACUGCAAAUAUAAUGUCUGGAUGGUCUUGAAGGAGAAGAUUGUACAUGCAGUUUUUGCAUGUAUGCGGAGGUCUGGAAUGCACACAGAGCAUGACAAAUUCUUCGAGGGCUUGUAGUUCUUAUUGCCUAAUCUGCAUGAGAAGUGCCCUCUGUCUUUUGCAGACAAAGAUCGCGCAUGUUUUCUUGCUCACUAUGCAACCUACACAGAUCAUUUUCGCCAUCGUCUCUUUCAGAAUCCGCAUGAGAAGUUUGCAUUCUUCCAGACCCAGAUCGCUAUAGUAUUUGCAAUGCAUACGAAGCACAGGGAACGAAAGGCGCAAAUUUUCUCUACUGGGUCUCGGACGGCAUGGACGUGUUCUUCAACGACAUGACCAGCGUGUUCCCGCACGAAAACGUGAAAAACGUCGCGGAAUUGGUCCACAAACGGUUUUAUGGAUUGUAAAAAUGUCUGGGUCUGGAAGAAUGCAAGAUUUGUGAAGAUGCAGGUUUUCCAUGACCCAUGAGGUCUGGAAUGCGAGGCCCAGCAUCACAGACUCUUGGGGGUCUCUAUCAUGCCUUUCCUGCAUGAGAGACUCCCUCUCAACUUGUUCAAAAGCAGACAGCUUUUGGUACUCACGCAACACAGAUUUUUGCAUCAUUCAGAUUUAGCCUGACAAGUUCUAAUCUUCCAGACCCAGACAUUUUUGCAUUUGAUAGGUUUGCAAAGUUCAAAAAGGAAAUCGUGUUCUCCUCCGAGCUAUGGAUUGCAAAAGUAUCGUACUCGUAGUAAUUGCAAGUAUGCAUAGCAAAUCGCCUUCCUUAGCUAAAACAGCAUUACAAACUUAAUUUGUCAUGCUAAGCUAAUUUGUAUUGCAAUUUAUACUAGUACGAUACUUUUGCACAGGAUACGAGCGUCUGUGCGGCUGGGGCGGCGCGCACCUCUGCACCACGGAGGACGAGGCAAACUUCCCGAACUCGCCCACGCUCUUACCAAAAUGAAAAAUCCCCCCUCCCCAUAUCAAAACGGAAAUCUGUGAUGCGGGAUUUCCGUACACAAAUGCGCGCUGUCUUGCAGUAAGGCAUCGCAGCCAGAUCCUCAGCCUAGGUAGGGGCGUUGGGGUCUAGUUGUUUAGCAUUACAAUCGGGCGCCCCCUAGGCCCAACAGCAUGCCAAAUCGCUUCCAUAAUGGCGCGGAAGCCUCUGCGCUUCUCUCCUUGCAAGACAGACCCGAUUUGUGGUCUCGAAUCAGCGAACACAAAUUUUCGGACUCAGACCGUUUCGAUAUGGGGAGGGGGGAUUUUUCAUUUUGAUAGCUCUCCAAGUACCUGAACGCGGGGGGCUACCUGGGCAGCGCGGGACACCUGGCCGCCAUGAUCGGGGUGGUGAUGCAGUUCGCGGCCGAGUGCCAGCAGGAGCACCUGCGCAAAACCCGGGAGUGCGGGUCCGGCGAGGGGUCCCCGGACCAGUACCUGUUCAUGAAGUACUUCUGGGCCAACCAAGCCACCUCCGCCCUGGACGUGUGGCAGACCAUCUUCGGGAACUUCAUCGAGGUGGAGAACCUGCCCUGCCAGGACGGCUGGGUGCCCCGGUGCGCGGUGUCCCCGUGCUGCACCCGCAGCGACCGCAUCGAGAACUUUUCGCCCAUCGCGCACGGCCUCUACAGCACGCGCGGCUGCAGCGUGUUCCGCCAGAAGGAGGAGCGGUUGAACAGCGAGACAGCGCCGGAAGCGCCCGACCUGUUUCUCAGACGAAAACAGCUCGAGAAGUGGGUGCAGGCCGGGGGACCGAUGAGCGAUAGAGGUAGAAGUAGUAUAGUGGGUGAUAGUACAAGUACACAUCAAGAAGCAGGUACAACUCGUGUAGACAAAGUGGAGGUUCCGGGUGCAGCAGGCGAAAACGUCCCAGCAGCAGCGCCUUCCGGCGGCGGCCACACAGUUGUACCUUCAACAUCAUCGUCGUCGUCCCUCUACCCUGAUACGGACGUGCGGGUGGGGACGCCCUUCGAGGACGAAACGGACGAGUAUCAGCAGCCCUGGCACCUACCGAUCUCGUGGCACGGAAACGGGUGCGGAAAGUGGAUCUUCAUCAUGUCGCUCGACGCCUUGUCGCGGCAGUGUCCCAUCGUCGCGCAGCUGACCACCAUUUUAGUCCGAGACCAGGCGACCAACGACCGGGAGGUGCUAGCCAGAAUAGAAGCGGGACAAAAAAGACGGUGGGAAGACCCCAGGUGAAGACCACCGCUCGCGUUCGCUCGUCUCGCUGUACCUCGAAGCGAUACAUUUGGUGGAGCGUGAGGGAGAAGACCUAAGCGAAAGAAAGGAAGCACGUUCACCUAGUAAGUACUGUUGCGGCUGCGCCUGCUGCGACACGACCCCUACACCUAGUGACAUCAUGGACCAUAUCAAAAGUUCACACUGACUGCAAGAAGAAAUUUUUGUCGAGAUGCAUAGUAUCUAUCGUACUCGCAAUGCAAUGAAUUGUGCCCCCCGACAUGCCGUGUCUGGCGGCUGCAGCAGCC